AUGGGGGUUACACACCAUUGUAUCUCUUUGGUUCAAAAGAAUGCAAAGGCCUUAUGUGAUCUUAGAGCAAGCAUCAAUUUGAUACCUCUUGAUAUCUUUAACAAAUUAGGUUUGGGCACUUCUCGACCCACAACUAUGAAGUUGCUAAUGGCGGAUAGAACCGUAAAUAAACUGGUAGGUAUUCUUUAUGAUGUGCUUGUGAGAGUAGAUCGAUUCAUUUUUUCGGCCGAGUUUGUGAUUUUAGAUUGUGAAGUUUAUUUCAAAGUGCCCAUAAUCUUGGGAAGACCUUUCUUAGCUAUGGGGCAUGAUCUUGUAGAUGUAGAGAGGGGUGAUUUAAAAUUUAGAAUGAAUGAUGAAGAGAUCACCUUCCAAAUUUACAAAUCAAUGAAACAACCGGCGGAUAUGAGUGUCGUGUCAGUUAUUUAUACAAUUGAUGAAGCCAUAGAGACAACCGUUGAGCAUGAACAUGCGAGUGAGAUGUUGGCAGCCGUGAUAAUGAACUAUGAGGGGGAAAAUGAAGAAGAAUUUGAGGAAACGAUUAAUGCAUUAGUGGGGAUGGGUACAUACAAAUACAAUCCCAAAAAGCUUGAUCUUGAUCUAGAAAAUCGUGAGAAGCCUCCUGCAAAGCCCUGUAUCAUUGAGCCUCCCACCUUGGAACUCAAACCUCUUCCUUCACAUUUGAGGUAUGAAUUCCUUGGACCAAACAACACUUUUCCCGUGAUAAUCUCCGUCUGGUUGACAGAUGAACAAAGACAUCGACUAAUGGUGAUCUUGAGGAAGUACAAAAAGGCAAUUGGGUGGUGUAUUGUGGAUAUUCAAGGGAUUCCUCCCAGAAUCUCCACCCAUAAAAUCUAA